AUGAAUCUACUCACUUUAACAACAGUUCACCUUCUGUUGAUAAGUGUUUAUUGUACUGCACAUCGAAGUGACUACUCUGACUAUGACGAUUCGAGAAGUUCUGAUAAGCAUUCAACGUAUGAUGGUUAUGGUGAUGUACAAAGUCAUGGAGAUAAAUAUGAUUCACAUGAUAACUAUGGUGACAACUACCAUGGUAAGGAUAAUUAUGCUGGUGAUUACAAUUACGGAAAUAAUGAUGAUUACGGCCAUGAUGUUCCUUAUACCAGAAGUGGUAAAUCAUAUAAACCUAAUAAUUAUGAGCACCAUCCUGAUGAAUAUGGAGGACAUGGCGCGGAUUAUGAAAAGUACGAACCAUAUAAAAGGCAAAAAGGUGAUGAUUAUUCUGGUUAUGAUGGUGAAGGAUACAAAGGUGAUUCUGAUGACUACCCCCGGCUUGAUGAUAAUAAACCGUGGAACAGCAACUCUAAAACGGAUGAUGAUGAUAAUGACGAUGGUGAUGAAGGUGUUGAUAAUGGCAGUAGCAACAGCAAAGACGAAGACCUCAGCGAUUUCUGA